ACGUUAACGUUAAUUUUAACGUAAACGUAAAGUACGUUAACGUUAAUUUUAACGUAAACGUAAAGUACGUUAACGUUAAUUCUAACGUAACGUUAAUGUGACAGUCCUAUCAUUGAUAAAUAAUUCAUCGACUGUCACCUGUGUGUGUAAAAAUAUUCGAUGGUAUGACAAGCGGUGUCAUUUAUUUACAAUCAGUCCUGAUUCUGAUCUUCAGACACUAGACUUACAUUCAAAUUUACAACGCAAAAUAAUUUAUGCUUUUCCAUUUAAUAUUGAAUUUGAUGCAUUAGAAACAAUUUUUCAUGAAAACGGUGACACUGUUGACAAAUUCAUUAUUCUGGAAUCAAACUAUUCAGCCUAUGGAGAUUCAAAACCAAGGCGUCUACAUGAAAAAUUACAAAAUGAUUCGAGUUAUUUAAAGAAAUUUCGUGAAAAAAUUGUUUACAUCUUUUUAGAUCACUUUCCGGAAGAUGGAAGAAAGGACGGAUGGAUUGCCGAUAGACAUAUACGAGCAUCCUUAGGAACAUUAGGCGUUAAAAGUAUCAUCAAUACACUCUCACCGCAUGAUAUUAUAUUAGUUACAGAUAUCGAUGAAAUUAUUUCGCGUGAAACUAUAUUAAAAUUAAAGUCAAAAAAUCUACCAUCAGAACCAUUUGGUAUGGACUUUUAUCGGUCAAUUUACGGAUACUUUUGGCGUCUUCCUGAGCCUACUAGAACUGUGAAUGGUUGUACAAUAAAAAUGUUAAAAUAUGCCUUUGAUUUCGAUACAUACGCUCUGCGUGAUUGGCAAAUGUCAAGACGAAAAAUACAAGUUGAAGAAUAUGUGACACUUUUCAAUAUAUCGAAUAAAGUGUUUUAUUUUCCUCGAGCGGGAUGGCACUGUUCAUGGUGUUUCACACCCGAAAAUAUAGCUAUAAAAUUAAUAUCGGCUCAAAAUGGUGAUUUUCCACGUUGGGGUGACUAUCCAGAGAAACGUAGUAUUAUUUACAUAAAAAACAAUAUUAAAAAUGGUUUAUGGUUUGAUGGGAAAUCACUUGAUGCUGUAAACUUGAACAUGUUAGAUCCAGAUUUUGCUCCACAACAUGUUUUGAAAAAUUUUAAGAAAUACGAGCACAUUAUUCGAAAUAAAUAUGAGAAUGAAGCAUUGUAA